ACGAACCAUCACUUUUACCAACAUGCGUUGCCACAACAAGGUGUAAGUAAUGAAAAUGUGGAUAUUAGCGGUAAAUUAUCUUUUCUUACCAAUUACUGCUGUCUACAGCCAAGGUGAUAAUGGUACAGGUCUGUGUCCGCACUCUUGGACAUCAUUUGAAGGAAGUUGCUACAUAUUCCUAAGUCAGACAAAAACUUGGGAGGACGCAAACAGUCGAUGUAAAGAAGAAAAUGCAACCUUGGUUACCAUUUCCUCAGCGGAAGAAAACAACUUGGUUAGUCAUCAUACAGACAGUUGUGGUCUACGAAUUUGGAUCGGUCUCAAUGAUAUUGAUGUAGAGGAUACCUGGCAAUGGUUAAGCAACGAAACUUCAAAUUUCUCCUCUUGGGGGCAAAAUGAACCAAACAAUAUCAAUAACGAAAAUUGCGUCGAACUUCAUUGCAACGGAAAAUGGAAUGAUGUGGAUUGCGAGAGUGCCUAUAAUAGCGCAUUCUGUGAAAAAGUUCAAUCUUCCAGCAACGAAUUGAGUGACGGGGCAUCCAGUCUGGGAACAACUUAUGUUGCAUCUUCCAGCAAAGAAUGGAGUGACGGAGUAUCCAGUCUGGGAACAACUUAUGUUGCAUCUUCUAGCAAAGAAUUGAGUGACGGUUCCAGUCUUGGAACAGCGUAUGGUAAUGUACUUUGAUGUCAAAUUAACAUGGACUUAUAAUAAAUAUUAUAGCUCCAUGAUAGUUUGUAAAACUGUAUCAGUCAAUCGCGAACCCUUUCGAUGAUAAUCAUGAAGAAUGGUUUAGAUCAGUUAAUAUACAUAAGAUACUCUAACCCCUUCUUUUACAGCUUCACUGGUGUAUAUAUGUACAUGUAUAUCUUUUCCUCUGUAAGUAUAUACGUUGUGUGUUGUGAUAUCAAAAUAUCAUAAAGCAAAUUAACAUGGAUCUAUAGUAAAUAUUAUAGCUCCAUGAUAGUUUGCAAAACUGUAUUAGUCAAUGCGAACCCUUUCGAUGGUAAUGAUGAAGAAUGGUUUAGAUUAAUUAAUAUACACACAUAAGAUACACUAACCCAUUCUUUUACAACCUUAUUGGUGUUAAUAAAGUUUAGCCGAAUUGUUUAACGGGCAAAGUAGUUUUUGGAGAUUUUUCAGAAUUCAGAAUUAUUUCAAAAAGACACCCAGACUUCACCAAACCAUUGGACACCGUCUUCUAAGAAUGCUGGGCUAAUUUCAACUUGUAUAAUGGCGUGUGUUUCUAGACAAGAUGUCGAAUGCAUUUAAUCCGGAUAACAAAUAGACGAAUUGAAAAAUGAAAGUAAUAGUGACUCUUGAUAUUAUUCGAG